AUUGUGGUACUCUGGGUGGGCACCAAUAACCACGGACACACUGCGGAGCAAGUGGCUGCGGGCAUAGAAUCCAUCGUGCGCGUCAUCAAUCAGCAACAACCGCAGGCCCGCGUGGUUGUAUUGGGCUUGCUGCCACGGGGCAAAAACCCCAACCCGUUACGCGAGAAGAACAGGAGGGUGAACGAAUUGCUGGAGAGUAAGAUGCCGCUGCUACCCAACGCCUCCUUCCUCAAUGUCGACCCGGGUUUUGUGCAUUCAGACGGGACUAUCAGUCACCAUGAUAUGUACGACUACCUCCACCUGACCCGCAACGGCUAUGCCAGACUCUGCCCCGGGCUGCACCGCUUGCUGCUCUGCCUUCUGGGAGAAUGCCAUGCUCAAACACCUUGAUGGAUGCCCGUCAAUCACACACCCAAGAGGCUUGUCGUUGGUUUUGAGGGACUGCCGGAGGCUUAGAAGCUAGAUUGAUGUUGGUUGCAGAUUGGCUGUUUUCAACCAUGCUGACUGUAAGGUAAGUGGACUCCAACUCCCAGAAUUCCCCAGCCAGCACAGCUGGCUGGGGAAUUCUGGGAGUUGGAGUCCACCUGUCUUAAAACUUGCCAAUGUUGAAAAACCUCCUCCAGAGUGCCAAGUUUCCCACCCAUCUGGCAUUUGAAACUGGGUACUUCUUUACUAACUCCAUAAGCCUCCGUGUGGGUCGUUUUCUUGCAAGGGGUUUGGGAAAUGAUUGGCACCGUGAGCUGCCAAAAAAAAUUUUUUUGGCACAAGUUAAUGGGAACCUGUCUUUUUUUUUUUUAAGUAAUAAAAAUAACUUGAAGUUUCUGGGCAGAGGUUUGUGUUUCUUUUUACCUAUUAGCUGAGUUUCAGACUAGGGUAAUUAAUGCCCUUAAUGGGGGCGAGUCAUUCGUCCCGUUUGGCUGGUCACCUGGCUUAAAGAAAAAAAAAUAAGGUUUCCCGCGAAGACAUUAGCAGCAAUUUGCAUGCAAAGUUCUUUACGUUUGUGGAG